AUGGCUAGUGGCGAACCGUCCACAUCGGAAGUUCCGCCGGGUGCUGGGACGACGGUUGGUGGAAAGCAUAGUAAAAGAAAAAGUGAUAUAAUGUCGCUCGAUUAUUGUACGUUUCGAGUGCCGUACAACGAGCUGAAUGUCAAGUUUAGGAAUGGGCAAAAGGAUCUCGAUCGCGCGGCGGCAUCAGUCGCCAGAGCGGCGAAUCUCCUGACGAAAAAGACCGCAGGUGCCACAGAACCACAAGCCAAAGAAGCUCUCCAGAAAAACUUUGAAUUCCUUCUGAAACAAGUGCAAGAAGCGCGGGCGGCAAUGCAAAAAGUUCUCAAAGAAGAAACCGAAGAAGCCGAUAAAAUCAUAAGAAGAUGUCAUAUGCUACAGCAAGAGCAACAAGUUAACGAGGAUCGUCCGAAGCGGAUUGACAGGUCGCUGGAGAAGCGAAAAUUCGCGAGACACAUUUGUUGGCAUUUGUUGAGGUGUGGAAUGAUUGUGCCGGCCAAAAAACUGGUCGCUGAAAUGAAAAUGGAAGGUCUCGUCGACAUAAGCAUCUUCGAGAAAUUCUACGAAAUCGAACAGGCGCUUCUCGACAAGGAUACGAAGCCAUGCAUCGAAUGGUGUCAAUAUCAUCGUCAUCGCCUCCGCAAAAUCGGCUCCCGCAUCGAAGUCGUCGCCCGGCAACAGGACAUUGCCACGUUGGUCGAGGAGCAGAACAUUCCAGAAGCAUUGGCCUACAUCAAAAAGUAUUUUGUGCCGAUUACAAAGACACAGUUCCCAGACGACUUGAAGAAGAUCAUGGGCUCCGUCGCAAUGCCACUUGAAAUCUCUCGCAUGAGAAACAAAGAACUGCACGCCGAGAAUCGAUACGAAGCGUGCUAUGAAUUCUUCAUCAAGGAGGCGUACCGCCUGUAUCAACUUCCAGAACAUUCUGCGUUUUCGUCGAUUGUACAAAUGGGAAUCGCCGCUCAGAAAACGGCCAUGUGUGAACCGGACACGAAGACACCUACUAAUAAACAACGCUGCGUAGUGUGCCGCCCGGACAUCUGGCCACUCGCUGAAGGUCUUCCGAAUGCGCGUUCCGAUGGAAACAAGAUUCUUUGCUCACUGAGCAACACUGUCUGUAACGAUGAGGACAAUAUUCCAUAUCUUUUCCCAUCUGGCCAUGUUGUCGGUCUCCGAGCCAUUAACGCCGGAUUACGAAGAGCCAAUCAUAAGGUCUACGAUCCAAUGCACAAGCAAGAAAUCAUGGAAGAAGAAGCAUUGAGAAUGUAUUUUAUGUGA